GGAACUGGGUGUAUAAUUGGGUGGAGGAAGAGUGGAGUCGUCCCCACAAUAACUAGUUGUUUGUCCUGUCAGAUUGUAUGAAAGGGCUUUGGAGGGAAAGCGAGGGAGCAGCAGUGGAGGAGAGAAAUUAAUCCAUGCCUCUUUUUUUUUCUUUCUCUAUUAUAUAUUUUUUUCUCCUUUCACUUCCUUCCAGGCUGAGUCACUGCUGGUGAGGAGGAAGGUCUGGAGAGGGAACGAGAGAGGAGGAGGAGGAGGUGGUGGAGGAGGGGGAGAAGAAGAAGAAGACGAAGAAGGGAGGGAGGGGAGGCAGGGAGAUAAGCCACAACAGGAAGCAAAACGACACACACGCGUACACAAACAGAGUGUGUGCGCGUCCGAGAGAGAGAGAGAGACUGCGCGAACAAGAGGGUGAACGGGAAAGGAAGGGAGAGAGAGUGACGCGGAGGCUGGGAGAGCCUGCCCCCCCCUCCUCCUCCUCCUCCUCCUCCUCCUCUCCUCCUCUCCCUCUCUUUCUCUCCUCUCCUCCCCUCCUCCCCCUCUCUCUCUCUGUGGAGCAGGCGUGUAGCGGCAUCAGACUCGGUGUGAAGGAACCAUGAGCGAUGUCACCAUCGUUAGAGAGGGAUGGCUCCAGAAACGGGGUGAAUACAUAAAGAACUGGCGACCGCGUUACUUCCUGUUGAAGACAGACGGCUCCUUCAUCGGCUACAAAGAGAAACCUCAGGACGCAGACCUGCCCUACCCCCUAAAUAACUUUUCUGUAGCAAAAUGUCAGCUGAUGAAGACAGAGAGGCCAAAGCCAAACACCUUCAUCAUACGCUGCCUCCAGUGGACCACAGUCAUCGAGAGGACCUUCCACGUGGACACUCCUGAUGAGAGAGAUGAGUGGACUGACGCCAUUCAGAUGGUCGCCGACAAGCUGCAGAGACAAGAGGAGGAGAGGAUCCAGUGCAGCCCCACCUCCAACAUCGACAACAUGGUCGAGGAGGAGAUGGACAUCUCUACCAUACAACACAAACGCAAGACAAUGAGUGACUUCGACUACCUGAAGCUGCUGGGAAAGGGAACGUUUGGCAAAGUGAUUCUGGUCCGAGAAAAGGCCAGCGGGAAAUAUUAUGCCAUGAAAAUCCUGAAAAAAGAAAUCAUCAUAGCCAAGGAUGAAGUGGCUCACACACUCACAGAGAGCAGAGUACUGAAAAACACCAGACAUCCUUUUCUCACCUCGCUGAAGUAUUCAUUCCAGACUAAAGACCGCCUCUGUUUCGUCAUGGAGUAUGUGAAUGGAGGAGAGCUGUUUUUCCAUUUGUCCAGAGAGCGGGUGUUCUCUGAGGAGCGCACGCGCUUCUACGGCGCCGAGAUCGUCUCAGCUCUCGACUACCUGCACUCCGCCAAGAUUGUGUACCGGGACCUCAAGUUGGAAAACCUGAUGCUGGAUAAAGACGGCCAUGUCAAGAUCACUGAUUUCGGCCUCUGCAAGGAGGGGAUCACAGACGCUGCUACCAUGAAGACCUUCUGUGGCACUCCAGAGUACCUAGCCCCAGAGGUCCUGGAGGACAACGACUACGGGCGGGCGGUGGACUGGUGGGGUCUGGGUGUGGUGACGUACGAGAUGAUGUGCGGCCGCCUGCCGUUCUACAACCAGGACCACGAGAAGCUGUUUGAGCUCAUCCUCAUGGAGGACAUCAAGUUCCCUCGCACUCUGUCGUCCGACGCCAAGUCGCUGCUGUCCGGCCUGCUCAUCAAGGACCCCAACAAACGGUUGGGUGGAGGACCAGAUGAUGCUAAAGAAAUAAUGAGACACAGCUUCUUCACUGGUGUUGACUGGCAGGACGUCUACGAUAAAAAGCUCGUCCCGCCCUUCAAGCCUCAGGUGACGUCGGAGACAGACACCAGAUACUUUGACGAGGAGUUCACAGCCCAGACCAUCACCGUCACUCCACCAGAGAAAUUUGACGAGGACGGGAUGGACUGUCUGGACAACGAGAGACGGCCACACUUCCCGCAGUUCUCCUACUCGGCCAGCGGGCGGGAAUGACCAGUCCGUCACGUGGAGCUGACAGCUGAUCUCUGAGGUCAUCAGUGUGGGACAUAAACAAAGACCCACAGCUUUGGACUGACCCCAAAACAAACAAUGACUUGAAGGAUCUAGCCCUUCUCCUCCUCUUCUUCACCUCUCUAUCCAUUAAUUUAUUCUUAUUUUUGUGAAUCCAUCUCUAGAAAGAAAUUCCAGGCAAAAUUUCCCUCUGAAUCCUGCACUGCAUCCCCAGGUGAUCCGAGCUGUGAUGUGAUCACUUACUAUGUAAUGUCCCUUUAAUGACAGGAGCAUCACCGGUGGCCUGCUGUGCUUUGACGUAUCUGGUUCCCGACAAACGUAAAACAAGCGCCUCUGAUCAAGUUAGACGACAGCUGACGGAUUUCGUUUUUUAAAAGGAGACGUUUUUUCCGUGGCUUCCAUCCGUACGAGGGAGACGCAGCGUUUUAAGUCGUUCGAACCCAAAACUGCCGUUUCCGGUUGUAUCUCAGGCUUUUUGCAAACAGAUUCUCAGACUCAGCGAGACGCUCGGCUCUGAUUUCAUGUCCUGACGUAGAUAACACAUCUGGGAUCGACUGAGGCUGCCUGGCGUUGAGGGAACAGUUGUCGCCGACGAGCAGAAUCCUGCACACCUCGUGUCAGCGAGCGGGAUUCCACUCAGGGUUUUGCUCAGUGCAAUUCAUUACUAUUGUUGCUGCUAUUUCAACUACUACUACAACUACUACAGGUACUACUGCUAUACUUCUAAAACCCGGUGCUACACUACUAGCUUGAUGCUGCAGGUCAUUACACAGGCGUCCAGCAACACAUCAGCCACCUGUAUCCACGUCCAUGCUUGUUCAGCUGCAGCACAGACGCUGCCACGACAGGUCUGUAGAUCGAGAUGAUGGGAUGUGAUGUGAUGUGUGUGUGUGUGUGUGUGUGUGUGUGUGAGUGUGUGUGCGAGGUACUAUUGUGAUUGUCGUCAUUGUUAUCGGUCUGUGUUGAAGAUCGCACCUCAAAGCACAGCAGCUCAGAAGGAUGAAGCUCCCAAACCGUGAGCUUUACUACGUUACCCACAAUGCAGUGCAAGGUGGCUAAUAUAUCCGGGUAUUGCAGAGGUGAAAAAGGAGAGGAUGGUUUUAACGACUUGCCCGCCCCCCCAAGUCACUCCCUUCCCCAGAGUUCUUUCUCUUUUAUUUAUUUCUCAAACAGCUAUGAGUCCCUCUGAGGUUCAGUCUCUGUCACAAAAGGGAAAAAAACGUUCUGAAAGGAGCUCAGCGUGGACGACGGAAAGCUUUACUGUGACGUAUUGUUCUCACGGCUCUGGGAAGCACACGACUGUGCCUGUGUGUGUCCCUGUGCAGGAAAGGGAAACCACAGCAGACUCACCACAGUGAUGAGCAGAGAGAGAGACAGAGUGUGUGUGUGUGUGUACAGGUAAACGGCUCCAUGAAUGAUACAAUAUGAGAUAUUUACAAAUGUGAUAUUUUAUGAGGUGUCCACGAUCGCGAGGUAACUGUCAAUCUCCUGUUUCCUGUGACUUCCUCACGAAGGAUUUAAAAUCAAAGGUUUUGGGUUUACACCAAUCACAGCAAAGGCUAUAAUAUAUACAUGUUCUAUUUAUUGUUCUACUCAUCGGUUUUAUAUUUAACUUUUUCUAUUGUUAUGACGUUAUCCUAGAGAUAAUUAUUUCUUAGGGCUGAGAGAGAGAAAAAAAAAGAAAAGGCACCUCAAGAAACAAAAAUGGCUGAAGAAUGUAGGAGGGAAAGCAGAUCGCCUUCCUGCUCCAUCGUUUAUUUUAUUGUCUGUUUGUUAUUUUCUGACCAAAAUGUGACGGGACAUGUGGAAGAAGACGAGAGUUUCACUGAGAGCAGAUUAAAGAAAGAAGGAAACUUUAUCCAAAUCCUCCCACGGGUGUCGAGCGUGAAGCUGAAUGUCCGCCAUCUUUAAUCUGGUCACAGGUUCGAGGGCGGGGAAGUUCAGAGAGAGAAAGACGAAGAGGAAGUCGAGUGGGAAAUAAAUAAACGAGUGCAGCACAGAAUGUAAAGCAGGAAGUGAGGAAAGAGUUUCACGACUAAAGUAAAGUUGAGGUGAAGGAGAGCAGGAAGUCGAAGAGGAAGCACGAGAGGGUUCAAAGGUCAGCGUUUGUCAGAUCCUCACACGAGACUCUCCUCCAUCUUUCAACGUGUCCCGACAUUUCUCCGGUCCUGUUUGUCUUUUUGCGAUUGUUUUGUCGUCAUUGUCUUCCAGUUUGAACCAACAACGAUUCUAAUCUCCGGGCCGGUUGAGCCACGAGCUCCAAACUUUGACAUCCAGCACUUAAAUCUGAGAUAUACUUUUCAAAAAUCCAAAAAUAGCGUCACGUGGAAGACGACAAAGAGGACGACGGGGGGGGGGAGUACUCUCUUUAGAAAACUGCAUUCCACUCUUAUUUAUGUGAAUGUUUUUAUGAUCGUUGGAUAACUUGAAUUUCUCUUUUUCUGUUUAAUUUAUUUGAUGUGAGUUUAGCAGUGAGGGGGCGUAGUCGUGUUUCUCUCUGCGGUUUAACUCUUCAGAGACUUUGUUCUAAAAUAAAUGCCUCCGUUGUUU